UCUUUUAAAGUGAGAAAGACACGGGGGAGUGGGGGGUUUUUGAUGCUGUCAAGAAGACAAACUGCUCGACCGGGAGCCACUUGUCAUCCAGAAGCGUCUGCUUUCGUCAGGAGCGCAAACGGCACAUUAUUAUUAUUAUUAAUUUGAAUAUUUACCAUUAGCUUCCUGUCCGCAUAAUGCUCUUCAGGUUUGGCGUCAUUUUAACCCCGGAAAUUCGCGACACUCAGGUGUUCGUGGUGGGCUCGAGGCUGGAGAUGGGUCAGUGGGACGGCGAGAAGGCCGUGCUGAUGAAGCCGGCGCAGGCAGCCCUCUCAUCCCGCGAACCAGCACUGUGGAUCGGGGAAGUGCUGCUACGGGAGCCCGUUACGGAGCCUUUCUGGUUCAAGUACAUCAAGCGCUGCGGCGGCACCCUCACCUGGGAAGGCAAUGGACCUCAUCAUGACAGAUGCUGCACUUACAAUGAGUGCAAUGUGGUGGACGGCGUUUACUGUCAUCCAAUUGGACACUGGAUUGAAAUGACAGGCUACACCAAUGAGAUGAAGCACACUACAGAUUUUUAUUUUAACAUCGCAGACUAUCAAGCCAUGCACUUUUCAAGGAUUCUGCCCAGAAUCUGGCUUGGUAGUUGUCCACGUCAGAUGGAACAUGUAACAAUAAAAAUGAAACAUGAGCUUGGAAUCACUGCUGUGAUGAAUUUUCAGACUGAAUGGGAUAUUGUGCAGAAUUCGUCUGGUUGUAGACGCAAAAAGACAGAACCCAUGUGUCCAGAGACCAUGAUGGAGUUAUACAAAGAUUCUGGCCUUGUUUAUGUAUGGAUUCCAACACCAGAUAUGAGUACAGAAGGUAGGACCCGAAUGCUACCUCAGGCUGUGUUCCUUCUUCAUGGGCUCCUAGAAAAUGGCCACACGGUCUAUGUUCAUUGCAAUGCAGGUGUUGGCAGGUCAACAGCAGCAGUUUGUGGAUUCCUCAUGUAUAUCUUUGGAUGGAGCCUUAGAAAGACACAGUAUUUUGUCUGUGCUAAGAGGCCAGCGGUUUAUAUUGAUGAAGAAGCCCUUAUUCACGCACAAGACGACUUCUAUCAAAAGUUUGGCCACCUUCGUUCAUCUGUUAGCAUUGGUCCACAAGAUUAAAUGAAGAAG